ACGUUUUCAGGAUUUGGUUUUAUCGAUCUUCUCGCAUUUCUGGAAAUCUUUUUCUUUCUAAGUUCGUGUAGGUCGGGAGCUCUACCGUUGAGUUUGGAGUCAUGUCAGAAGAGUUCGACUUCGCCGAUAAGGGGAACAAGAUCAUUUAUGAAACUGAAGCCAAAGGGUUGAACCCUGGAUUGAUAGUGCUGCUGGUUGUUGUGGGGCUGCUGCUGAUAUUCCUUGUAGGGAACUAUGUACUUUACACAUAUGCUCAGAAAACUCUUCCUCCCAGGAAAAAGAAGCCAGUAUCCAAGAAGAAGAUGAAGAGAGAGAGGCUGAAGCAAGGAGUCUCUGCACCAGGAGAGUAGGACUUCGAGGUCUGAUCUCCUCAGCUCCCCGUGUUGAACUGUUCGCAACUUCCUGUUUCUAUCCAGUGAGUUACAUCAGUUAAACUCUAACAGUUUAGUUAGACAUUAACCGUAAAUUUUGGUAGAUCAGGAAGUAAAUUACUCUUUCUGGCUUGUCAGGUACAGGUUUACUUGUCUUAAAUUCUGUUGCAUUUACUAUUA